AUGGAUUACGGAUCUGCUCAAGCUAAAGAUUUCUCUUAUUCAUUUUGCUUAACAAAAGACUUAGAACUCCCUCUCACUGUGCGAAUUCUUGAGGGCAUUCGUGAUAAGAAAUCUUUUACCACUAUACUUAGUGAUCCGUCUCUCAAAUUUACGGGUGUGCAAACAAGCAACUUUUCUGAUUUAUAUGUGAGCAUUCAACUAUACGGUGACAACAAGCCGCUUACUGUUCCAAUUAGGACUUCAUACAAAUCAUUCAAGAAUAAUUGGAUUUGGAACGAAUGGCUCACAAUUCCCGUGAAGUAUCGUGAUCUUCCCGUUACUUCUCAAUUAGCAUUAACAGUGUGGGAUGUUUACGGUCCGCGCAAGGUAGUCCCAGUGGGUGGCACCACUUUUCGCCUUUUUGGAAAGCACAAUACUUUGCGAAAAGGCAAACAUAAAUUGUAUCUUUGGCCAGAUGUGGAAGCUGAUGGUUGUGUGCGUACAACCACGCCCAGUAAGGUUGGUGACAAAACUGAAAUGGAUCGAUUGGAAAAGUUGGUUAAGAGAUAUGAAAGGAAUGAUAUGGCGAAGUUAGAAUGGCUUGAUAAUCUUGCAUUCCGUCAAAUUGAGAAAGUACAUAAGCAAGAAUCAUCAAAAUCAAAAAACUUAUAUUUGUAUAUCGAUUUGCCAAAAUUUGACUUUCCAGUAGUGUUUAGUGAACCUGAUUAUCCACUGCCAAGCAUCACACAGCCACCAGUAGCAAACAAUGGUCAUGGGCAGAUUAAUACAGUCACAACUUCGAGUGACCCGAACAUAAUUCUCAUUGUUGAUCCAGAGAUUACACGUGAAAAUCCAGUAGAGGCAAAACAUAGACGUUUGGUGAGAAGCCAUCGUAAUGGGCCAUUUGAUCGUGAUAUGAAACCAAAUGCGAAAAUUCGAGAUGAAUUAAAUGGGAUAUUGAAAUAUCCUCCAACACAACCCCUUACCUCGGAAGAAAAAGAUCUGCUCUGGAAAUUCAGAUUUUAUCUUACUCGUGAGAAAAAA